CGCGGCGCCGCGAGCGGGUUGGCCAUCAGGGACCCCGAAGAGCUCUAAGAAGAGAGGUCUUGGUAGCAGAACAUGAAAAAUGAAACCUCAGCUCUGCCAUCCCUGGACUGGUCCUUUUCCAAGAGAACACAGAAGAGGAGAGAAUGGCAGCUGUGCCGCUAACAGCCAGAUGGCAGAAGUUACUCCAGUUUAAGGAUGUGGCUGUGAAGAUCUCAAAGGAUGAGUGGAAGCAGCUGAUUCCUAUUCAGAGAGCCCUUUACAGGGAGGUGAUGCUGGAGAACUAUCAGGAUUUUGUUUCUUUGGGACUUCUAGCCCCUAAACCUGAUGUGAUUUUCCAGUUGGAGAGAGGCGAAGAGCCGUGGAAACUUGAUUUUCAGGAAGCGGAAGAGAAAGAAGUCCCAGGAGGUACUUCUCUAGACCAGAAGUCUAGACUUGAGAGCCAGGACUCAACUCAAAGGCAGGAUGUUUCUAAAAAAGUAAAGUCACGAGAGACAUUAAUGGAAAAACUCAGAGAAGAUGGUCCUCUGGGUCCUGUACUUGGCCCAGAAAACCCUGAGGGCACGAUGAAGGAAAAUCCUUCAGGGGAGACUUUGAAGAAAUCCUCCCCCAAGGAAAAGGACUCCAGGCAAGGAUCCACUCCUGCUAAGAAAACCAACAGUAAAGGGAGAAGCUUUGCAGCAUAUGUAGGAAGACCUUAUUCAACCACUUGUCCCGCACUUGCAAUCAGAGGUCUCACACUGGAGAGAAGCCCUAUGAUUGUAAAGAGUGCGGGAAAGCCUUCAGCUAUCUGAGUAGUCUUAGAAACAUCUGAUGUCUCACUCUGGGAAGAACCCCUUUGAAUGCAGCAAAUGUGGGAAAACUUUCUAUGACCGAUUAACCCUCACUGAACAUCGGCGAACUCACACGGGAGAGAAGCCCUUUAAAUGUAACAAGUUUGGCAAGGCUUUCUUUGUCCAAUCCUCUUUUACACGACAUCAGAGAACCCAUAUUGGAGAAAGGCCUUAUGAGUGUACAGAAUGUGGGACAUCCUUUAGCCAGAAGAGCAUCCUUGCCCGCCACCAGCUCACUCACAGCGGAGAGCAGCCCUCUGGGUGCAAGGGGUGCGACAAAGCUCUGACCGCUCCUCGCUCCUCCACCACAGGAGAGCCCACACUGGAGGGACUCCUUUUGGAUGUUGUGAGUGUGGAAAAGUUUUCUUUGACCGCUCAUCCCUUAAUCAGCAUCAGAAUAUUCAUAGUAGAGACAAGCCCUAUAAAUGCACUGAAUGUGGGAAAGCCUUUCUCCAGAAAAGACGACUUAUUCAACAUCAGACGGUGCACACUGGGGAGAAGCCCUACGAAUGCGGUGUGUGUGGGAAAGUGUUCAGUUGCAAAUCAUCUAUCAUCCAGCAUUAGCGACGUUAUACCAAACAGUCUUCAGAAUAUCAUAGAGGUGCUUCUGCCAGA